GAAAACGUCGCACGUUUGCAAGGAUAACUUCCCGGAUUGAUUUACUCGCGGCUGCUGAAAAGCUGCUACAGGCGGCUCUGUCUUCCGGUCUUUGUCUCCUCCGCGUUGAGGCCUGACAAUGAUGAGUACUAUCAUACUGUCAAAUCUGCUGCUAAGUGAUAGGCCUUGUCGACUGGUGUGAUGUCAUUUGCGUCCUUGCAUAUGCGCCCUUCGUGAUCUUGCUAUAUUACGAUUUCUUUAUACGCUGUUUGGUGGCCGUGGCGGAUUGAUCCUCGCCGCUGGGUUGUCUGAUACUUGGGUUGCGGGCUUUGGGCUUGGCUUGCUUCAGAGCGCGCCGCUCCGCACGAUAUCAGAGUCUGGAAAUCUGGGUGAUAUCGCUUGGAAAUGACUUCUAAUCAUAACGCCCAGCGAAGGCUAUCUAAGGGGAUGGCUCGCUCAAGAGAAGGGCUACACAUGCGGCCGUUGAAUGUAGAAAAGGGGCAGCAAAGAUUCUCAGCACACGAUACGUUUCCUCCUCAGACGGCAACAUGGCGCAACAAUCUGAUUGCACUCUCGCAACGUCGGAAUUUGCUGUUUACUGCGUACAGCCAGCGGAUAUAUGUUUGGGAGCCGGCGGGGUCAUCGCAGACGCUAGGUUCUAAACCUAAAAUGAUCAUUACCCCCGUUAUGAAAGAGCCCAAUAGCGCUGGCUAUAUUUCGCCAGUAACUCCGCACGCAAUCAACAGUAUCCUCGUCGAUGAUCUGGGCCGUGAAGAGGUGUUACUGCUGGCGACUGAUUCUGGAAAUGUCUGCGGGUAUCGUGUCGAAGCUAUAUAUUCGGCUCUGGCACGGGCCGUAGAGAAUAACGAAGAGUGCCCCCUGGACGGAUCCCAGGUCGAUCCGUUUUUCGUCGAAUACGUCGAAGCCAGUGCCUGGGGCCUGGCCAUCCACAAGUUCGCUCGUCUGAUCGCUGUGACCGCGAACACGGGUCUGGUUACCGUGUUCGCUUUCGCCCUGGUCAACCCGGCUUCUGGACACAGCCAUGAUUCGACGGUUCAUCCUGAGGAAGAGGAUGACUUCACUGACUACGGCCAGACCUGGCUAGAUAUCAAAAGCAGCGAGCAUUUCAAGCAGUUGCGGAAUCUCAUGCCGGAUAAACACCGGAAGCGAAACAUCAGAUUGACGUAUACCGGCCAUUUUUCGAACAUCCCCUCUGUAUCCUUUUUUAACUGCGACUUGGACCCCAACGGCACGUGGAUGGUCAGUACGGAUAUUGACAAUAAGCUCCUUAUCUGGAAAGUAUGGGAGAGUCUCGGUCCGUUCAACGUGUACCAUUUCAACGAUAUCAGCUUCAAAUCGUUCCCGGAAACCCUGGGUAAUGACAUUGAACGUGGUUGGACCGUCCUGGCUCUGGAUCCGCGGACUUUUCAUUUGCUCAAAUCCACCGAAGAAGCGUGUGGCGGACUUCCUCAGCGUCGUUUAAAGGACGGACAAUCGGUGCUCGAUCUCACGAAGCUGAGCUCCCGCAUACCUAAUGCCUCGCACAUAUACAACUACUUCCCUCCUGUGGCCAAGCCCGAACCGGAACAGCCGGUCUUACCUGACAUACUUGGAGCAGAUUGCUGUAUCACCAGGGACAACCGCUCAGCAAGGCCUAUCCGCCACGGAAGAGGGAAGCAUGACAGUCUGGAUUCUGGCAGAUCACACCCUUAUCAUGCAGGCAGCGCGACGUCUUCGGACCAAGCAGAAGCCCACCGACCUCCAACCUCUGCCAGCAACCUGCGUCCGUCAGACUCCGCGGACGCAUUCAGUCAUCAAGCCGUUGACGGGUCUGUUGACGAAGAUACCGCGAGCCAUGAGAAUACCUCCGACGAGGACAUGGUCACCGAGGUACCAGCACUUCUGCAUAACACCGAUGUGAUCUUCCAGGCACUGGACGAACCUGACGAUGACACAAAUGAGAACCCCCUCUUUCCCAGAAAUGGACCAUUGACAACGCCAGAAUUCCUCCGGUUCGCACUCUCAGAAGCUCUCGGGGGCGAUAUCCAGGGCGCGGAAGAGUACUUUGACGACUACUCGGCCAUCGACGAGGACACCUACGACGAUGACGACGACGAUCGGGAAAUGGAUGAAGCGGACGACGAUACCUCGGAGAGUGGCGACGCAUCCACAUCGGGUGCGGCCGCGUACCAGGUCUUUGAUCGUAUGUCCCGUAGGGCCUUCCCCGAUGAUCCUGGUCUGUAUGGGCAAGCGGAGACGGCGCUAAUAGGUCUUCUUCCCCCGGCUCCAGCUCCCCUGACGUCGAACUUCCCCAUCCUCCACUUCUCCCAGACGGACAUCCGCCUCAUCCCCCACCCCUUUGCCUCCCAUGCCAGCGUCGUCUGCGGCGCGCCCCUCCGCCAGCCCUUCACCCACCCCAUCGUCUCCAUCCGCGCCUGCGACCGCUUCAACAUGGUCAAGUACAUCCCCGAGCACGGCAUCGUCGUCGCCGCGUCGCAGAAAGGCCGCGCCGCCGUCAUCGCCCUCACCGAGUCCGAGUCCACAGGCCUCUCCUUCCGCGUCGACUGGAUCGUCCCCUUCAAGAGCCAGGAAAAAUAUGGCGACAGACCCCUCAUCCCCCUCCUCGGCAUGACCGUCAGUCCCAUCCAAGGCUUCGAGAUGCCCCCAGACGUGCCUUACAUCCCUCGCGGCGUGGACGCCAGCGAUCUCUCCUUCCGCUACCGGUGUCCUCCCACCGACGACGCAGACACACCACCCACCCAUCCACCAUCUCAGACCAGCCAACCCAACAUCUCCACCCCCCAGGCAUCCAAACCAACAUCAACAUCCAUCCCCCACAGCAGAGACAUCCAUGGCACCGCCCAAAAAAGAGUAUACCCCCUCUCCCUCCCAGAAUGCCACGCCCAAGCAACAAACGCCUACCAACCUGAAGAACCCUGGCGCGGAUGGAACCCCUCACGUCGGUACCGUGUGCUCCUCAUGUACACAGACCACACGGUCAUGAGCUACGAGUUCUGGUACAACUGGAACACGGCGGGCGGGGACGGGCACGCAAGCGCAGCGAACGAAGAAGAGGAGGAUCAGUAUUUGGUUGUUUAGUGGUCUUUCUACCUUUUCUUUCUAUCUUCUGAUGCGGUUUUUGGAGAUGUACUAGAUGGGGGUGAGGAGGUCGGUCACUACCUACUGAGUAAGCGCUUGCAUAUUGAUUGAUUGGGCUUUCGGGGUGUUGUUUGGGUUUGAGUUGAGUUUAGCGGGCUCCUUCGAUAUAUUUAUUUGUUUGUUGUUUGUUUAUUCAUUUAUGGACUUCUUUUUGCAUGCAUACAUACCUAGUAUACCAG